UAAACGAUCCGGCUUGUGAUCCGCAAUAUAAUCAACAGCGGAUUUGCAGAACAAAAAUAAAAUGGCGGAAGCUAAGAGUGCCGAAAUGAAUGGAGAGAGAAAAGCCAAUAAAGUGGCACUUAUCACUGGUAUUACCGGACAGGAUGGGUCAUACCUUGCAGAGUUUCUACUAGAAAAAGGAUAUGAGGUACAUGGUAUCAUCCGAAGGUCAAGUUCAUUCAACACAGGGCGUAUUCAGCAUCUAUACACAGACCAAUCAGCUCAUCAGGGUGGCAGUAUGAAACUACAUUAUGGAGAUCUGACUGACAGUACCUGUUUGGUGAAGAUCGUUUCUGAGACACAGCCAGAUGAAAUCUACAAUCUUGGUGCUCAAAGUCACGUCAUGGUGUCAUUUGAACUGAGUGAAUACACAGCUAAUGUAGAUGCAGUAGGUACACUGCGGUUAUUGGAUGCAGUAAGGACGUGUGGUCUCUCAGACAAGGUUAAGUUCUAUCAGGCUUCCACCAGUGAGUUAUAUGGCAAAGUCCAAGAGAUUCCACAGAAAGAAACAACUCCAUUCUACCCUAGGUCACCUUAUGGUGUUGCUAAGUUGUAUGCCUAUUGGAUAGUGGUAAACUACCGUGAAGCUUACAACAUGUAUGCAUGCAAUGGUAUCCUUUUUAACCACGAGAGCCCCAGAAGAGGAGAAACAUUCCUCACUAGGAAAGUAACCCGUUCUGUAGCGAAAAUCUCACUCGGACAGCAGCAAUAUGUAGAGCUAGGGAAUUUAGAUGCUCAACGUGAUUGGGGACAUGCAAAAGAUUACAUCGAAGCAAUGUGGCUGAUGCUGCAACAGGACAAGGCAGAAGAUUUUGUGAUAUCAACGGGGGAGACAACACGAGUACGUGACUUUGUGGUGGAAGCAUUCAAGCAUGUUGGAACAGAUAUUGUCUGGGAAGGCGAAGGUGUAAAUGAAAUUGGAAAAGACAAAGUUACAGGUGUAAUAAGAGUGAAAGUUAACGCUAAAUUUUACAGACCUACUGAAGUGGACAUUCUGCUGGGUGACUGCUCAAAAGCUAAGUCUAAGCUAGGCUGGCAGCCAAAGUACAAUCUACAUACUCUUUGCAAAGAAAUGGUGGAAAGUGAUCUCUCUUUAAUGAAGGCAAACCCAAUAGCUUAAGAUCAUGACACAAUGAGUUGACACAUCAUCAUUUCUGGGACACAUCAUUAUUUCUGGGACACAUCAUCAUUUCUGGGCCAUGGUAUGGGAAUACAACAUCUUAGAUCCAGACGGGAACAAUACCUGGGAACCAUAAGCAUAGAAAUCUGGAGAUAUGUUCUAUUAUAUGCACACACCAAAUCUGUAUCAUCUUCAUGGAGGACUUAACAGUAUUGAUUAAGCGCAAAGCUGUACAGCUGUUAUGGCAGCACUGUAUGGGACUGCAUUGGGACCUGAGCUCAAUCAGUUCUGCUUCAGAUCUGUUUAAACAACAUUGCUGUUAAAUGAACAGCACUGUGAGUGUUGUAACAGAACAUAGAAUUUCUAUGGACAGUGAUCU